CUGUGGGUCCCUUUCGAAGCCGGUGCAGACGAUGUCAAGGCUUACUUAGGUCUUCCACUUCCAAAGAAAAAGGUGCCUGGCGCAUGAAGUUCAAUAACGGGAGACACUGGCUCUCUUGAACGUCCUAGAUUCAUUUCUUCUUGGUAACUUUCACACGAGCGGCUUUGCUAGGGAUCUUUUUUUCGUGCGAUGAAUACGGAAGUAAAAAUCGGUAGGCGGUGCUGAUGCAGCCAAUCACCGGAGUUUCUCAAGGAUAUUUAUUCUGACGGUGUUCCCAAAAUAAAGCCCCACCUCCAUGCAGCUGCUCGCCAAAAGCGAGGUACGUCGACGAUGCUAAAGGUAUAAAAGCUGGACAGAGGACGCUCUCGUUUCUCCAGCUUCUUCUUCCACUUCAUCUUUGGCUCACCUGGUGCUGGUCGCCUUCUUUCCAACUCACUACUUUCAUUCUUCGGAUUGUCUUUGCAUUUUAUUCUAUUUUUAUUCCGAGAAUCCCACAUAAAUAAGCGUUAUCAUCAUGAAGACUUCCGUGUUUGCUCUCAUUUCACUCGUCUCGGCCGCGGCUGUUGUCGCACCCAGCUUUGCUGCUCCAGUUCCCAGUGGGGCGUCGAGUGCCGCAUCCAGUACUGUGACCACAGCGGCUGGAGACAUUGACAAUCUCAUCAACAGCAUCGUCUCCCAGGGCACAAUAUCGUCGAGCGUCGCCCAAGAGCUGACUCAGCUCGUCAACUUGACCGCCUCCGAUAUUGAGAAUAUUGUUGGUUC